AUGAAUCUGCUGCGCGUGACGCAAGCAGCCGGCCUGCCACAUCAGCGCAUGGUGAUGGCACAAAGAAGCAUAAACCAACUGCGCCACAUUAGCCAGACAUCAGCGCGGCACGAUGCAUCGACGCCUGCUGAAAAGCAAGACAAGAUUAUCCGAACUUUGACGGAAAAGUUCACGCCAUCCGAUCUUCAAGUUCAAGAUAUUAGCGGUGGAUGUGGAUCGUUUUUUGCCAUUAUGCUCAAGUCGAAAGAAUUCAAGGGCAAGUCCACUAUUCAGGCACACCGUAUGGUGAAUAAAGAAAUCAAAGAUGUAAUCCAGGAUAUCCAUGGUCUACAGCUCAAGACCAUUGCAGACAACUAA